CAGAAUACAGUCGUUUUGAGUCCAAGAUCCACGACUUGAGGGAGCAGAUGAUGAACAGCAGCAUGAGCUCUGGCUCCGGCUCCCUCCGCACCAGUGAGAAACGCUCCCUCUACGUCAGGGCUCUUUUUGACUACGACAGGACCAGGGACAGUUGCCUCCCUAGCCAGGGCCUGAGUUUCUCCUAUGGGGACAUCCUGCAUGUCAUCAAUGCCUCUGAUGAUGAGUGGUGGCAGGCACGGCUGGUUACACCCCAUGGGGAGAGUGAGCAAAUUGGGGUUAUACCAAGCAAGAAAAGGGUGGAAAAGAAAGAGCGUGCACGGUUAAAAACAGUCAAGUUCCAUGCAAGGACGGGCAUGAUUGAGUCCAACAGGGAGAUGUUUGGCAGAAUGAACGACAUAAGGCCAGUCAAAGUAAAGCGCAAAAAAAGCUUCAACCUAUCACGCAAGUUCCCGUUUUACAAGAGCAAGGAGAAUAUAGUGCAGGAGUUGGUGGAGACUGAACAAUGCUUGACGUCGAACACCAGUGACAGCGAAAGCAGCUCCAAGGGUCAGGAAGACACAAUUCUAUCAUAUGAGCCAGUAAUUCGACAGGAGAUCCAUUACACAAGGCCUGUAAUUAUCCUGGGUCCAAUGAAGGACAGAGUAAACGAUGACUUGAUCUCAGAGUUCCCUCACAAGUUUGGAUCCUGCGUUCCACAUACAACUCGUCCUCAGCGAGAGAAUGAGAUGGACGGGCAGGACUACCAUUUUGUGGCUUCAAGGGAGCAAAUGGAGAAGGACAUUCAGGACAACAAAUUUAUCGAGGCCGGCCAGUUCAAUGAGAAUCUGUACGGGACCAGCAUCCUGUCUGUUCGGGCAGUGGCUGAAAGGGGGAAACACUGUAUCCUGGAUGUGUCUGGGAAUGCCAUAAAGCGGCUGCAGCAAGCAUAGCUCUAUCCAAUCGCCAUUUUCAUCAAGCCAAAAUCUGUGGAGGCCCUGAUGGAAAUGAAUAAGAGGCAGACAUAUGAGCAAGCUAAUAAAGUCUUUGAUAAGGCAGUGAAGCUCGAACAAGAGUUUGGAGAGUAUUUCACAGCCAUAGUCCAGGGUGACUCACUAGAUGAGAUCUUUAAUAAAAUCAAGCUGAUCAUUGAAGAGCAGUCAGGCCCUUACAUCUGGAUCCCGUCCGCAGAGAAGCUCUGAACUCGCCGCCUCCACGGAGCCCCCCCCCACCUGACCCCCACUCCCACCUGACACCUUUCCUUCCCUUUCACUGAUAUGUUUCAUAUCAAGUUUUAGUGUCAUCAUUAUGUUACCCUCAAUUGAAAGAAGUCUUAUCACCAUUACUGUGACUGUACACACCCCUGCAUGAGUUUCUCAGCAAUUCCAUUCAAGAUUGGAAAUGCCAUUCCUAAAGAACUUUUUUGUCACGUAAAACAAAAAAGGGAAACCUGAGCGAAUUCGUUUGUGCAUUUCGGAUGGACUUGAAGAUGAGAAUGUCUUAACGAAGCGAGAACGGGGAGCCGGGGAGUUGGAGAUGGUGGCACGAGCGGGAACCUUGUAUACGUUCAUUCGAUUUCAUGGAAAAAGACAUUCGAGGAUGCUGUGCAAGGUUUUCUAUAAGGACUAGAUACAGUUCAAGCCUGCUGAUGGUACCGUCACUGCUCGUGUUUAUAACGGAUAAACUUCAAAACUGAUUGUGAUCUUCAGUACUCAUAAACCAGCUCACUUUAUUUGAUGGGCUGCCUGGCCGUUUGUAUGGCAACAUGUUCAGAGGCAGAACAAAAUGGCGUUUGAGUCUAUACAUUUAUAUUACUGAAAUCACAUGGAAAAUAAAAAUCCUACGGAGAGAUUUUACUACACAAUACGAAAUUAUAUGGUACACAUUUUACACUUCACUAGAAUUGUCUACUUGGAGGGCUGUUCGAUUUCAUUUCUUGUCUUUGGGUUUUGUGUUCUUCCUUUCUUGUGGUUUUAGCUGCUCUGUAUUAAAGAUGGGGGUAAAGAGGUGUAACUGGGCUCUCUGCAGACCACCAAACUGCCUUACUAUGAAUAAACGCUUAUGUAAAAUUCCUGUUGAUCGUGGGGGGGGCGAACGACACAAUAUUCAGCCUAUCAGUGCUUAGAAGGAGACUCGAUUUUAGUUCUUAUUAUGAGUUUUCUGUCAUCCUAUUGGAGGCCUAACUUGUGAGUGCAAUAGACUUCAGUGUCUUACCUCUGUGAAAUCCUUUUUUUGUCUUAAGCAAAAUCCAAUUUCGGCCACCAUUGGAGUUGUUGAAAAGCAGACAGCCCACUUGCACUUCCUCUGCCUUCCAUGACUAUAUUCUCUUCAGACUGAACGGUAACAAGGUACUGUCCUGUUAGCUGCCCAGGAGCGCAGCCUUAAAACGGGUAGAAUCAAGAUAAUAAUUGUAUUGGAUGUCCUUCUUGAUAUUAAAGCGUUAGUGGAGCCUGAAAUUGACCGUUUUCCCCAGAACUCGACGAUGGUUUGAUUAAAUCUGUUCUUUGUAAUGACAGCUUUUAAACGAUUUUUUUCUUCUACUCCUUUAUUUCCGGGCUGAUGUUUACUCCACUGUGUUGAGCCUUGUGCUGGGGUGAGCUCAGGAAUCUGAUCGAUAAUUACUUUUUUUUUUUUUUCCUUAUUUGUUUAAAUGCAGCUAAAGGGCCUCAAUCAUAUUGUGAUGGAAUAGAGCGAGUAUGAACUCAAAGGGAUGAUUUUCUCUCCUCUAACUGAACACCCAGAAAU